AUGUUCACCACUUUCCGCGGCGGUGUGGCACUCCUUACCCGAAAUCCACCCAUCCGGACUCUAGCCCUUCGCCUCAUCGGUCAGAGAAAUGUCCAAACGCCCGCUGGGCAACAUAGCCCUGACACGUACUCAAAGGACGUCGACGAUACACCAGCGGAGGACAAGUCCGUCCAUCGCCUUGACCCCAACUCAGACCGCGUGCAGAAACCCCAUGAGCCGCCUUCAGGUCAAUGGAGUCGUGCGGGAGUGCAGACGGAGGAGUAUCGCCAUGUCGAAGGCCGAAACCAGCCCUACGCCCCUGAGGGAGGUGACAGAGGAAGAUACGGAGCGCAAAAGAGCUGGCGAGAGGACAAGGGGCCAGAAACAAGUGGGGGUGAUGAAGGUCCAGACGCGAAAGGGAGUCAUGGGAGGACGUGA